CCACCAGCACCAUCACCACCACCGCUAUCAUCACCACCAUCACCACCACCGCCAUCAUCAUCACCAUCAAUCCCACCACCAUCACCACCAUCACCAUCAUCACCAUCACCACUGCCACCACCAUCACCACCACCAUCACCAUCACCACCAUCACCAUCAUCACCAUCACCACUGCCAUCAUCAUCACCAUCAUCACCAUCAACACUGCCAUCAUCACCAUCACCACUGCCAUCAUCACCAUCACCACCACUAUCACCAUCAUCACCGCCAUCAUCACCACCACCACCAUCACCAUCACCAUCACCACCAUCACCAUCAUCACCAUCACCACUGCCAUCACCACCACCACCAUCAUCACCACCACCACCAUCACCAUCAUCACCAUCACCACCACCAUCACCACUGCCACCACCAUCAUCACCACCACCAUCACCAGCAUCACCAUCACCACUGCCACCACCAUCACCACCACCAUCACCAUCACCACCAUCACCAUCAUCACCAUCACCACUGCCAUCAUCAUCACCACCAUCACCAUCAUCACCAUCACCACUGCCAUCAUCACCAUCACCACCACCAUCACCAUCAUCACCAUCACCACUGCCAUCAUCACCACCAUCACCAUCACCACCAUCAUCACCACCAUCACCACCACCAUCACCACCAUCAUCACCAUCACCACUGCCAUCAUCACCACCAUCACCAUCACCACUGCCAUCAUCACCACCAUCACCAUCACCACUGCCAUCAUCACCACCAUCAUCACCAUCACCACUGCCAUCAUCACCACCAUCACCACCACCAUCACCACCAUCAUCACCAUCACCACUGCCAUCAUCACCACCAUCACCACCACCACCA